CCUAUCAGCACUUACCUCGCUACCAGACCAAAGUGAGGAUGUCCUUUAACUGCUGAGAAAGAGACAGAGGCUAAGUCACGAUGAGUGUCAGCAGCAACCUCGAGGAACUGUCAGAUCUGACACGUCCGAGGGAAGAUGACGUCGGUGACAGCGGCUCACUUGACAGCGGUGACGAAGCACCCUCGGAAUCCCUGUCACCGUCUAUUAUCAAAAGGGUUCUGGCGUUUUAUCAUAAAGGAAACGUCGAGGCAAUAAUGUCACUUGUAGCAUCCUCAGUUGAUGACGAUAACGGCAACACCAGCAAAAGCCCCAGGGACUCGUGGGAUCCUCUACUUCUGUGGGUGCGCCCCGGACCCUGUUGCAUUCACUUUUUAGCUUCCCAAGUGAGGGAAGCAGAGAUUUCUUCCAUCGCCUCAGUUGGCUGUGGUACUGGGCUCUUAGAAUGGAUGAUCCAAACCAAAACAGGUUUGUCAGUGAUGGGUUAUGAAAUCAACGGGAGUUGGUGGUGCUCCAAGUAUGCCCCUCCCACUUUUAUCCCACUGACCUACGUUGACCCUGAGGAAGACCCGCCAGCUGUUCCUUGUACCCAUGCCCUGAUGUGCUGUUACUUCAAUAAUGCUCCAGUGUUUAGGAAAUACGUCGACGCCUACGAUGGUCCCCUGUUAAUCAUAAUAGGCUCCACGCAUAAGAACCAAUGCACGGAGCCUAGGCCAUACGACUACGUAGAUGUGCACCCAUGGACUCUAAAAUCAACUCAUAAUAUUACGGACAUGGACGUCAUAGCGUGUUACAUACGAGAUCCCUGGAAAGUAGAUGUUGCAAACAAGUUGCGCAUUUUCACGAAAGCAAAAAAUAAUUCUAGUUAUUAAUGUGUUGUUUAUGAAGAUUUUUCCAGGAACAAAAAUUAGACAACAAGCAUUUUGCUGUUAUGAACAUAUACCAGUGGUUGUGAAUAUGCUAAAACAAAAACUUUAAUCCCAUCAUUGUUCUUUGAUAAUCUUUCAAGCAAACACAGUCGUAAACCUAAAAAUAUUCAUAAAAUAAACUGGAGUUAUUUACUGCUCAGAAGUUGCUGGAUAUCAGUAACUUUCUCGUAAAUGAUCUUGGCUUUAUCUCCCCCAAAAAAUUACUGAUCUCAAUAGGGUCACUUCAUAACCACCAUUGACUCCGCCGUGCGCAGUUAUAACGGGCCUCCGCAAAAUUCUGCAACACCCAUCUUUCACUUCCACAAAAUUCCAUUCGUCUCCGUCUCCGUGUGAUAACGCUCGAGUAAACUAACAAAAUGAUAGUCUGGGAUCGCCUGAUUUCGCAAUUUACUGAGCUAUGAUGACACAAACAAAAUUCAGCUUGUGAAUAAACUAACUCAACUACUACAGAAAAACGUGUUAUAAUGCAGAGACUACUGCAAAGAGGACAUGAAUGUAGAUUGAGAUAAAACGAAGGUGACUAGAGACUACAUUUUUCAAUACGACAUUAAUUAUUAAAGACUUCCCAUAGAAAACAAAGUAGACCCCUGCCAAAAACCCCAGAGCGACACUGACCUCAGAAAGGUCACUCGAACAUAGACGACAGGGAACUGCAAAGUUUUUCCAGAUGUACCAUCACGCAAAUAGACAACUACGGGCCUUCCUUCCUGAAAGGAGGAUUAGAUGUGGGUAGCUAGCUUCGAAUACCCCAGCAAUACCACCAGGUGUAUGCUUGCAACGUUACAUAAACCAAGGAGGAUCUAUUUUAGCUUGAAAGCACAGUCCUGCAAUGGUGUUGCUACUUUUGUAGUGUGAAUCAUGUGUGAAUCAUGAAGUGCCUAAACAAUUUACAUGUGGUUAUUUGAUUAAUGACUGCUGCAAGAGGUCGAAGACCAGAUUAUAAUAAUUAUGAACUCUGAAUGUUUUUUUAAAAAUGAAUUAUGUUGUCAUGGCAUUUAUGCUUUUUUUUUCUAACACCCGUUUGAAUUACAUCUUGUAGAAUAAACCUGGAAUGGCC